AUGAGCUUCGCUUACAACUUGAGAGCUGUCGGAGUCAAACCACAUAAUUUCCCGUACGUCUCACUUGGAGACUGCAUGGGACUAGAUUGCGAACAUCCAGGAGUCCAGGUCGAAUUCCUAAGAUGGUGUUUGCAAUCAUUUAAUGCCACGAUGACCGUAAACCCUACGCUAAUGAAUGAUGACGAUGUGGUAUCAAUGUUAGGAAAUGGUAGCGCAGAUAUCUCUCUGUACGCCUUAUCUCACCAAGAAUCACGGCUCGAUAAGGUAGCGAAGUUGUGGGUUGUGUAA